UUUCGUUUUCAACCCCAUCAAUUGUUAAGCAGUGUAAUUUUACUUUGUCACACAUCUACUCUGUACUCAUGCCCUGGCCAUUUGAGCUGUGCUAACAGAAGGCUUCGGUGAUCAUAUGUGAGAAUUGAAGAAUGAACAGGAAACCAGUUGGAUUUUUAGCCUGUUUGAGACGGUCGAUGUCCAUCAGUGAAGAAUGUGACAAGAUGUGUUUAAAGCCUUCACUUAUGAUCCUUCAUCUAAGGCACAUCUUUUAAGGCAAAGGGGGAGAGAUUUGCCAGCUCCAGUCUUCCCCAGGACUGGGCAUCGGGGGGUCCCCGAGCUGGAGCCGGGACUGAAGCCACAUCACCCGUCACAUUACCACCACUCAGGAACAGCAACUCUCUCACGGCUGGAGGCAAUAAGCACACAAUGAAUGACCAUCUGCACGUCGGGAAUCACCAGCAGAUCCACGUUCAACAGCUGUUCGAGGAGAAUAGCAACAAACGGACAGUGCUGACUGCACAACCCAAUGGGUUGACACCGUUAGGUAGAGCAGGUCCGGCCAUGCCAGAGAAGCAGCAAGAAAGCAGCCAGUGUCGUCAAGGCAGCUCAACUUCCAUCAAAUCAACUGAAAGCAAACCCAAGCCAGCACCUUUGACUCCUGAGCAGGCCAUGAAACAGUACAUGUCUAAACUUUCAGUGUUUGAACACCAAGAGAUCUUCAGCUACCCUGAGAUCUAUUUUAUAGGUCCAAAUGCAAAGAAAAGACAAGGUGUAGUUGGGGGUUCAAACAAUGGUGGUUAUGAUGAUGAUCAGGGCUCCUACAUUCAUGUGCCCCAUGACCAUAUAGCAUAUAGGUAUGAGGUACUAAAGGUUAUUGGUAAAGGCAGUUUUGGCCAGGUGGUGAAGGCCUACGACCACAAGAACCACCAGCAAGUAGCCUUGAAAAUGGUACGGAAUGAAAAGCGAUUCCAUCGCCAAGCAGCUGAGGAAAUUCGCAUUCUGGAACACUUACGCAAACAGGAUAAGGACUCCACCAUGAAUGUCAUCCACAUGCUGGAGAACUUCACAUUCCGCAACCAUAUCUGCAUGACGUUUGAGUUGCUUAGCAUGAACCUUUAUGAACUUGUCAAGAAAAACAAGUUUCAGGGCUUUAGUUUGCCACUAGUGCGCAAGUUUGCACACUCCAUCUUGCAGUGUCUCGACUCCUUACACAAAAACAGAAUCAUUCACUGCGACCUCAAGCCUGAGAAUAUCCUUUUGAAGCAGCAGGGGCGCAGUGGGAUAAAAGUGAUAGACUUUGGCUCCAGCUGCUACGAGCAUCAACGGGUCUACACUUACAUACAGUCACGCUUCUACAGGGCCCCAGAGGUCAUUCUGGGUGCCCGAUAUGGGAUGCCAAUUGAUAUGUGGAGCCUAGGUUGUAUCUUAGCGGAAUUACUUACUGGGUACCCUCUCUUGCCUGGAGAAGAUGAAGGGGACCAACUAGCAUGUGUCAUAGAGCUGCUGGGUAUGCCCUCCCAGAAGCUACUGGAUUCAUCAAAGAGAGCCAAAAAUUUUGUCAGUUCAAAGGGAUACCCCCGUUACUGCUCAGUCACAACCUUACCUGAUGGCUCAGUGGUGUUGAAUGGGGGAAGGUCACGUAGGGGCAAGCUCAGAGGUCCACCAAGCAGCAGAGACUGGGUGACAGCACUUAAGGGCUGUGACGACCCCCUCUUCUUGGACUUUCUCAAACAGUGUCUAGAAUGGGACCCGUCCCUGCGCAUGACCCCUAGUCAGGCCCUUCGCCACCCAUGGCUCAGAAGACGCUUGCCAAAACCUCCCACUGGGGAGAAAACCACCAUAAAACGGAUCACUGAGGGUACUGGUGCUAUAACUUCAAUCUCCAAAUUACCUCCCCCUUCUGGCUCAGCCACAAAAUUAAGGACUAACCUGGCACAAAUGACUGAUGCCAAUGGGAAUAUACAACAAAGGACAGUGUUGCCAAAAUUAGUUAGCUGAACACUAAUUUCUUUUUUUCUUUGAAAUUCUAAUAUUGGAAAUUGUGCAAAGCUGAGCAUUCAGAAGUGUGGCACUUUUAGAAAUAAGAGUCGUUAGCAUAUCCACAAUUUAUGAACUGCUUUGUAGCACCUUUAGUUGGAGUUUUUUUUUUCUAGGAAAGUUAAAAUGGCCAAGAAAGGGGGAACAACACUUUUACGUUUUUAUCUCUGGGCUGGUAUAAUCCUGCUUUGAAGGAGCAUUCAUACAACAUGAUCUAUAAUAACUAAAAGUCCCACUUGGUUUAAUAACUAAAUCUUGUAGCAUAAAAAGUAAAUGGCCUCACCACAAUGAAGUAAUGAUAGAAUACAUUGUUUUGUGUGCUUCUGAAAUUUUAAUCACCACCCUCAGAUCCUGUCAGAUAAAUAGUGCGUUAAUGGGUGAGGAUUAAAAAUGCAUUUGACUAAAAGCUAUGUGAUCUGAGGCUUGUUGCAUUUCCCAGCAUCAUUCUUGUCAAUAUCAAGAAUACAGAACACACCAUGGUAAGAGAAACCGGUCAUUAUGGAAAGUGGAUGUUGCAGACUGUUAUGAGAUAGCAGAAAUGUUUACAAGAUAGAUUUGGUUUGUGCCUAAGAAUCUCUUGACAUUCCUUAAAUAAAUUAUGAGUAAAAGAGAGGGUGUCUAGAGUGGUCUACAUUACUGUAGAUUCAUGGCAAAUGUAAAGGAAUUGAUGUGGUUUGAAACAGUAAAGUUCUCAGUAGGACUUGACAGGUGUACGUUAAUGUUAUUAUAAGCUAUUCACUGGAAGAGUUGCUUUUGAACAAGUACUGAAAAAAAUGGUGCUUUACCUUUUUUAUUUAUUAUUUUUUUAUAGCUUGAUUCAUAAUGCUCAUGGAUCAUGGAUCAAAACAGUGUUGUGUAAUCACAAUGAGCAAAGACUGGUUAGUUUGCAAGUUAGGUUCUAGAUUUCUUUUGUCUUUAAAGUGGAUGCUGUUUUGCAGUGACUAGGACUAAAAAUUGAAGAAUAGGAAGGCAGGAAAUUGCAUUUACCUGAAUGCAAGCAAGUACCAAUGCUAAUAAAGAUAAAUAUUUUUGGUGGACAAUGUUAUGGCAGAGCAUGACAGUUGAUUCAAGUUUUGAAAUCAAAUGUAUAACUACUAAGACAAUACCGAUGGCUACAUUGCAUACCCUCAUAUUAAUUUUGUGGAUUUGCUAAUAUCAGGCCAGAGUUAAAAUUCUAAAAGGUUGUUCCUUUUUUCAUAAUAAAUAAUGUUACAAAUAAGCCAUUAAUAACACUUUUUCCCCAAAUCUAAAACAGCUGGAUUUGAAAAGGCUGGCCAUUUUUGUAGCAUGGAAAAAUAAUUUGACUGGCAUGGGUGUAAAAGUUUAAGUUUAUUUAUUUAAUUUUAUUGUUUCAGCAUAGGUGGAACCAGUGGCCUGAAUAUGGCUUAUAUAUCAAUUGAGUGAUUUAUGGUGUAAUGCACAAAGAAAUAUAUCUGCCACUACUCAGAAAUACUACUCUAGCAGGAAGCAGUCCUGCUUACUCUUCAAGCAGUCAUGGAUUUUGGGUGUGUCGACGGGGAUCUAACUAUGGGCUGUCAGGGAGACCAGCAAAGCUGUAAUGCUCAUGUUGAUUCCUCAACCUCACACUGGAGAGUGAGAGUGCCCUCCAGGCCUACUGCACACUGCACAGGGGCUCAGGCCCCUUUGGACACCCAUAGUGCUUUAUAGAUACAGAAGUUACCUGCUAACAUCAGCAGGCAUUUCACAAUGUACUUUACACUUUUUUUAUUGUUCUGUGAAUUGACAGCAGUGUGGAAUAAUUGUGCCCUUAGGUUUAAUGCAAUGUGCCUUUGGUUAUCAAUGCCAUUCAUUUUAUUUCAAACAAUGAUUCUCCCUUUCAUUUACUUUGAAAGACUCAUGGUGAUUCUCUUGCACACGAUUGAGCAUCGCCCAAAGAUACUUCCCAAACCUCAUUAAAUGGGACUUGGGAAUAAGUGGCUUCACAGUUGAGUUUGUACAUGCAGUUUGGACACUCAGUGUUUUUUAUACCAUGAUUUGAGAGGAGAAAUAACAUUUGGGCCCUUUUCCAACAGGGAUGUCUUAGUAAGAGACAACAAUUACUACAGUGACAUAGAACAAAUGUCUUCAGCACUGCAUUCAUGUUGUCUUAACAUCAAAGUAUUUGCGGAGAUACAUUUGGUUAAUUUUAUUACAAUAGAAAUAAGAACACAUUUUUAAUAUUUUACCUCAGACUGUUGUAAUAUUCUUGUACUUUAUGAAUCCAGGGCAUUUGGUACAUACCAGAGUGCAUUCCUUUCUGUGUUAGUGGCUAUGAGGGAAAAGAAGCCAGAAUUUCUCUUUUUACCUGAUCAAAAGGCCAUCAAGCCACUCAAGGGUAUGUCUUGAAAUUGAUAAUCCUCUGUGGAGAGGCAAUGAUAGGGGAAGGAUGCUUGAGCUCUAUUAGACUGUCACAUCACCUGUUAAAAUGUCUGACAGAUGUAGCAUACCUCCAAACCUCUGUUACUCGACAUGGUUGGAUGUAUCUCUAGAGCAGUGUAAACUGCAACCCCAAGAAAUCCACAGUGAGUCCGUUUUCAUCCCAGUGUGCAAUACAGUGGUAGCAUUGUUGAGGAAAAUCAAACUACAUUUUAAGGUUACAUUUUAAAACAAUGUGCUUUUUACGAUUUUUAAAUGUAUGCCCUAAAUCUUGAAUCUAGCUACCCACUGUCAACUUCGGUCAGUUCUCUUUUAAAAACGAAUCUUUAAAUGGAGGAACAAAGUUGACGUUAUUUAUAUUCAGCCACAGAACUGUACUGUACAUAUGUGAAUUUGUUGAGAAUUUGAUGUGGAUGUGUACAUAUGUAUAAUGUUUUAAUUUUGUGAAAUGCUGCUGAAAACACUACAUAUAUUGCUGUAGUGGGGUUUUGUUGUUGGCAGCCAGUUUAAUGAUACUGUAUGUAUUGUACAGCUGACGGAAGAAGAGUUUUUUUCUAGUGAUCAUUUGUUACAUUUUAUUGUUGUGGCUGGAAUAUAUUAAUAAUAAAAGUUUUAAUGUCCAUCUUUACUAAA